AUGAGCUCUGAGGAGAUCGGCAAGAAGGCGGACCUCGGUCCAGAGUUUCAGCGCGUGCUGCCUGAGGCGCAGGCCGUAGCGGCCAGUGGCGACGUGGAGCGCGCAUGUGAGAUACUGCUAACUCUCGAGAAGCAGGCGCGUCUAGCCAACGACGUGGCCACGCUCAAGGAGGCUGUGGGCUCCAUUCUGACUCUGUGCGCGCAACACAAGCGCUGGGAGCUGCUUAAGGACCACGUAGCGCUGCUGGCCAAGCGUCGCGCACAGAAAUCUGGCGCCAUCACCGUCCUGGUACAGCGUGCCAUGGAAUUCCUGGCCGAGACGCCAUCCGACGCCGUCAAAAUGGAGCUCAUCAACGCACUGCGCACUGUAGCGGAAGGCAAGAUCUUCUUGGAGAAGGAACGCGCCACGCUGACGCAGAUGCUGUCACGCAUGAAAGAAGCGCGUGGCGAGAUUGACGAGGCCGCCACUAUCCUGCAAGAAGUGCACGUAGAGACGUACGGCGCUAUGACGAAGCUGGAAAAGACGGAGUAUAUCUUGGAGCAGGUGCGACUCACAUUGGCCAAAAAGGAUUAUGUACGUGCCAAUAUCUUGGCCAAGAAGAUCUUGCGUCGUACCUUAGAGGAGAAGAACUUCCAGGAGUGCAAACUCAAGUUCUACCACCUCAUGAUCGAGUACGACACGCACGAGAACAACACGCUGGAGUUGUGUCGCCAUUGGAUGGCCAUCUUCAACACGGAGAUGGUCAAGGAGAAGGAGGAAAUAUGGAAGAAAGCUCUGGAACACGCCACGAUCUUCGUGGUGCUCUCGGCUUACUCGAACUUGCAACACGAUCUAUUGCAAAAUUUGGCUAGAGAGAAACUGGCUGAAAAACUGCCGGAUUUUGCGGCGGUGUUGAAGAAAUUUACCACUAGGGAGAUCAUUGCCUUCCCUAUGGAACAGGACGCUGUGCUCAAGAGCCACCCGAUCUUUAACCACGUCGAACGUGGCGCGGAGUGGUGGAAAAGUCUCCACACACGUGUCGUCGAGCACAAUAUCCGCGUGGUGGCUGAACACUAUGAUCGUAUUCGUCUACCGCAUCUGGCCAAGAUGAUUGGACUCGCCGAAGACCUGACGGAGAGCAGCAUCUCGACGUUGGUGAGCGACGGAUCCAUUUACGCCAAGAUCGACCGCCCCGCCAAACUCGUUUCUUUCCACAGACCUCUUUCACCGGAGGAACAUCUCUCCAACUGGUCGGCGGAUAUUUCCCAGUUACUGCGCCUGGUGGAGACGACGUGCCACUUAGUCAACAAAGAGAACAUGAUCCACAAGAUUUAAGCUCGCUAGGUGCAAUAAUCCGUCAGUGCUGCAGCGAAUCUGUCGGAUAUUCUUCCUACCUGGCUUUAAAAAAAAAUCGAAAGAAACAAAAUACAGUGGCAAUCCAACAAAAUUGCUCGUUGACUUGUAC